GAAAUUUUACACAUUUCUUAUCCAAUUCUAUUUUACUGCUCGUCGUCAACAUCUGGACAGAUUGUCCUCGAGGUAGGAUCUCUUUUAAUAAAGAUCCAUGAGUACGUCAGAGGGUGCCCGAAAGCGCCAUAAGGCUCGGCCUAGUGGUACCAAUGUGGGGCAGAAAGAGAAGAAGAAAGUGGAGGUGGGCCAAUGGGGAAGAGCAUGGGAAGUGGAUUGGUUCUCAUUGACCGGAGUGAUUCUUUUGCUGUGCCUGGCCCCGUUCAUCGUCUUCUUCUUCAUCAUGACCUGUGAUCAAUACCAGUGCUCCAUCGGCUUGGUUCUGCUGGACAUCUAUAACGGAGACGCCAGUCCGUUGAGCAUCUUGAAGCAAGCGCCUUCAUUCACGUGGACUGCCGCCAAAAUCUAUGCCGCCUGGGUCACUUUCCAGAUGGUGCUGUAUACAUGUAUCCCAGAUGUUACCCACAAGAUCCUGCCAGGUUACGUCGGCGGAGUGCAGGAAGGAGCUCGGACUCCAGCAGGUCUGAUUAAUAAAUAUCAAAUUAACGGGCUUCAGUGCUGGAUUAUAACGCAUACAUUAUGGGUGGCCAAUGCUUAUCACUUCCACUGGUUCUCUCCCACUAUUAUCUUCGACAACUGGAUCCCGCUGUUGUGGUGCACCAACAUCCUCGGCUACACUGUUUCCAUAUUCGUGUUUAUCAAGGCCUACUUGUUCCCCACCAACCCAGAGGACUGCAAAUUCACAGGAAACGUCUUUUACGACUUCAUGAUGGGCAUCGAGUUCAAUCCACGCAUCGGAAAGUGGUUUGACUUCAAGCUCUUCUUCAACGGCCGGCCCGGGAUCGUCGCCUGGACUUUGAUUAAUCUGUCGUAUGCUGCUAAGCAACAAGAGCUCUAUGGUUAUGUGACCAACUCCAUGAUCCUGGUCAAUGUGCUGCAGGCCAUCUAUGUGUUGGAUUUCUUCUGGAAUGAAGCCUGGUAUUUGAAAACGAUUGACAUCUGCCACGAUCACUUCGGUUGGUACCUGGGCUGGGGUGACUGCGUGUGGCUGCCGUUCCUUUACACGCUACAGGGUCUGUACCUUGUCUACAACCCAGUUCAGCUCUCCACCCCUUAUACCUGGUCCGUCCUCACCCUCGGCCUGGUGGGCUACUACAUCUUCCGCUCCGCCAACCAUCAGAAGGACCUGUUCCGCCGGACGCAGGGCGAAUGUAAAAUAUGGGGCAGCAAGCCGACUUUUAUCGAGUGCUCGUAUCGUUCGGCAGACGGCCGCGUCCAUAAAAGCAAGCUGCUCACUUCGGGCUUCUGGGGGGCUGCACGUCACCUUAACUACACCGGCGACCUGCUAGGUUCACUGGCAUACUGCAUAGCAUGUGGCGUAGGGCACAUUCUGCCCUAUUUCUACAUCAUCUACAUGACCAUCCUGCUUCUGCACCGCUGUAUCCGGGACGAGCAUCGCUGCAGCAGCAAGUACGGGAAGGACUGGAAGCGCUACACGACUGCCGUGCGUUACCGCCUACUGCCUGGAAUCUUCUAGAACAGAAAGUUAUGGCUUUCCUUUUCAUAACCUUACAAAAGUGUAAAUUCUUUUUUCCUCAGUGUUCAUUUUCAAUUUAUUUUUUAUUUUUUGCUCAAUAGCCAUCAGAAUUAUUUCGGAUUUAGUACAGGAUAACUUCUCUACCUCUUUUCUUAUCAUUUGGACUUUCCUGGAAGUCUGUGAUGUAAAUUGCGAUGGUUCGAUGACCAAUUUGUAAAAUAAGCGUGUCUGUGUUUGUGACGUAUUUCUUUCCAUGUGCAGUAUGAAAGUAGGCUUCUAAACUUCUAUGCAGUUUAAUAGGCACUUACAUGUUUUAUACAAAUUCUUGUGCAGUCCCUAAAAGGAGUCCAUACAACUAAACCCA